UCUUUUCUCCCUUCUCGUCUCUUCUCGCCGCCUCUCUUCCCCCCUCUUCCCUUCACCAUUUAUCGUCUUCUCCCCUUUCGACCACGAGACCACCACCCUCAUGGUCCCCCCACCGCCCUCUCACUCACGAUCCGGAACUUUCUCACCUGCUCCUGCCCAGAACCUGCAGACAGGGCUCACACAUUCUCCCCAUCCGUCACAGGCCGGUCCUCUGAGUGCUGGUGCCAGCCCCAGUACCAGCAGCCCGACCGCGGGGACUAGUUCUCUCACCAAAAUUGUUGUUGCCCAGGUCUACCUUCUUCUGAGUACCAUCAAAGAGGACAAGGACCGCACCAAGUGGGAGUUGCAAGUAGAGCAGCUGAAAAAGCUACUCGAUGACCACGGCAUGGAGGUGUUCUCCAAGUACUUCACCCGGUUGGUUGCCGGCAAUGCUCCUCAAAUAUUCCCCGGUGUCAACAGGCCUGUCGCCAACCACGGAAAUUACACACUCCUGGCAGGGGAGAUGGGCAAAAUCUCCCACGACCUCGACCAGGCCACUCGGAUAGCCGAAUCGAUUGAGACCGCCAACGAGGAUAUAUUUCGUGACUUCGACCUGUCUACUUUCAUGGAGCACUUCAAACUUGAUGCUCUAGAGAAGACUAUCCUGGCCCUGGCGUUCAAGUUCGGAUCUCGCUCAGAUUUGAAGACGAAAGCCGACGCGAUACUCUCAACCAACUUCCCAACCUUCGUAAACAUAAUCUCUCGCGCGGACUAUAAUGAGCAUACAGAUCUCACGCCGUCUUUUGUUGCUACUAUCGUUGAUCGAUAUAUUCAGGGUCACCCGCCGAACUUCAACUCUGCCGCUAAGCACGAGCUCAGCCACAAGGUUCAGUCCCGCUGGUUGCAACAAGAUCUGGCGCCUCCGAUGGAGGUGCUAGCUGCUUUAGAUCUUAUCCGGGUUCUGGGUGAGAAGCCACCGAAUGCGCUAGCCCUCUAUAUCCAGAGGACGGGCACCGACUUCACGCGUGACGAAGAGACCUGCGCGGCCUACCUACAAGCCCGGCCAUCCAACAUCCUUCCCAGCGAAGAGCAAGUCUCCGCGGCUCUUACUUACACAACUGUCAGCAUCACUUAUCGCCACAACCCUUCGGUGCUGGUAGCUGCUCUUCGCCGCAUAUUGCCCCCGACGUUUAGCUGGCAUGACGUCGUUGCGUAUUUUGACCAGCGCGAUGUCCGCGUCGCGUCGGCGCAAUUUCUGCGACUAUACGAAGCUCUUCUGCCUGUCGCUCAGUCUCAGGAUGACCCGUCGCGGCCAUUUAGCAUCCAAAGCUUGUGGGGGGGGACCCAUUGGGAAAAUCCAGAGACCCAGCUGUCCUUCAUAUGUGCAUUUGCGUCUUUGAGCCCUAACGAACUCGAUGCGAGCACUAUUCCCGGCCUUCAACCCACCUUUAAACUCGAGGAAUACGCUCACUCCCCCCCAGAAGUCCGUGAGCGGGCAGCAGUGGCUGUGAAGCACCCCUUGGUAUCUGGCCUUGCCUUGUCAGCGAUCUUCCAAGUUGCCCUUCACUCCUUGCAUGCGUCUCAAAGCACCGAGGCCAAGCGACUGUUCCAAGAAGUCGUCGUGCCCAACCUAGACAUAUUCAUAGUUUCUGCGUUCGGGGUUCCUAAACCCUGGCCGCCAAUGGCCGUGGAGACGUUGGCAUCUCUGUUUGACAAUUUCGUUCACCGGAGCUCCAAGAACCACGAUUUCGUGUUAGACAGUCUCUGGAGAAAAGAUAGAGACUGGGUUACGCAGAGGCUUGUCGACGUGCAUGCUAUGAAGCCGAUGGAUCUCACCCUCAUAUUCGAGCACGUCGUCAAGCAUGGCUGGCUAGACGAAUUGGUUUACCUACCUAAUGGGUUCGGUUACGACCUUGCCGCUCUCGCGCACGCCGAGGGGCAUCUUGACCUCACUCAAUGGGCUCAUAAUAUUGCCGACCGAAGCCCCGCGAUCGCCCAUUCUCUGCUCCAGUUCCUAAUGAUCAAAGCGAACCUCGAGAUGCAGUCUCAGAAGGGUGGUGACGGCCAGGUUACCCCGAAGACAACUACACCUCUUCAUGUUAAGACGGUACUUGCCAUGCUUCAGAUCCUCGAGGACUUCCUGCCGCGUAACCCCGUGCCGGAAUUGAUCUUAGUCCAACGCACAUGCAUAACCGCUUAUCCUCGACUCAUCAACUACGGGGAAGGCUAUGAUGAUAUCAUUGACGCUAACGGUGCGGAUGGCAACGGGCUCCCACCCGAAGCUGUCGCCAAGAUGGAAGAGCACUACAAGAAGAUGUACGGCGACGAGACGGAAGUCAAAUUCAUCGUCCACAAACUUGAAGAAUAUAAGCGAUCACGAGUCCCUCUGGAUCAAGAUAUUUUCGCGUGCAUGAUCCACGGUCUCUUUGACGAAUACUCCCACUUCGUGGACUACCCCCUUGAAGCACUAGCUACGACCGCGGUCCUAUUUGGCGGCAUCAUCUCCCACAAACUGAUCUCCGAGUUGCCUCUUAAAAUCGGGCUUGGCAUGAUCCUCGAAGCCGUCAGGGACCAUAGUCCGGAUCUAUCGAUGUAUAAGUUUGGCCUACAAGCCUUGAUGCAGCUAUUCUCACGGUUCAGGGAAUGGCCGGGGUUUUGCAAGCAGCUUCUGCAAAUUCCCGGCCUACAUGGCACAGAAGCCUGGAGAAAGGCAGACGAGGUUGUGCGAGAGGAUGAGGAAGACCGAGCACGCGCGCAGAACGGCACAGCAACCCCCAGCCAUGUCGGGGCCGAACCUGCGGUAAACGGGACGGCUGAUACUUCCGAAGCACAUACCGCUCCGUUUGCGUCGAUAAAUGCCGAUCCCCCCCUUCCAGGCGCCGUAUACGAGGACCCCGUCAUCGACGUACAGGACAGAAUUCAAUUCGGGCUCAACAAUUUGACAUCCAUUUCUCUCCAGGCAACCUAUAAGGAAAUACAGGAAAUAUUGGAAGAGCAGCACCAGCAAUGGUUUGCCAGCCAUCUCGUCGAGGAGAGGGCCAAGAUGCAACCGAACUAUCACCAAGUGUAUCUCGACCUCGUAAAACUCUUCCAGAACCAGGAGCUCUGGUCCGAGGUCCUCAGGCAGACGUAUAUCAGCGUUGCUCGCAUGUUGAACUCGGAGAGCACGAUGCAGAAUGCGACGGACCGAACCCACCUGAAAUAUCUCGGCGCCUGGUUGGGGCUUCUAACCCUAGCUAGGGAUCAUCCGAUCAAGCACAAGAACAUCGCAUUCAAGCAACUGCUUAUCGAGGCUCACGAUACCAAGAGGCUAGUCGUCGUCGUGCCCUUCGUCUGCAAAGUGCUCAUCCAGGCUGCGAAAUCAACAAUUUUCCGACCGCCGAACCCGUGGCUGAUGGAUAUUAUCUAUCUCCUGAUCGAGCUCUACCAUAAUGCCGAACUGAAGCUCAACCAGAAAUUUGAAAUCGAGGUUCUCUGCAAGGAUCUCAGCCUGGAUCACAAGAGCAUUACGCCGUCCAGAGAGCUCGAGGAUCGCGUCCCGGUCGACGACGUAGUUGAAAUAGCAGCGCAAGACCCCAUGGAGCACUUCGAGAAUAUGUCUAUGAACGGAAUGGCUGGCUCGGUUCCUGCUGGCCUCGCGCCACAUCCUAUUCCCGUCUCGGUCCCAGAUAUCGGCCCCCUUUUAUCUAUCCCACCUACCAAUGAAAUGGUCAUUAGCAGCGUCCGCUUGCACGAGAUCGUUCGUACUGCUGUGACAAAAGCCCUACAAGAUAUCAUCCAGCCAGUUGUUGAUCGCUCCGUUACGAUUGCAGCGAUAAGCACCCAACAGAUGAUCCACAAAGACUUCGCGACCGAGCCUGACGAGAACAAGCUCCGAACCUCAGCAGUCAAUAUGGUCAAGGCCACCGCAGGAAGCCUUGCUCAAGUGACUUCGAAGGAACCCCUAAGGGCUAACAUGACGAACUACAUGCGAGGUGUUGCCGCUGACCUCUCUCACACCUUACCCGAGGGUACAAUCCUCAUGUGUGUCAACUCCAACCUUGACCUUGCAUGCAGCGUUAUCGAAAAACAAGCCGAGGAGCGCGCUGUACCGGAGAUCGAAGAGAUGAUCGAAAGCGAGAUAGAAGCUAGACGUCGCCACCGUCUACAACGACCUAACGAACCAUAUGUCGACCCUAGCCUUAAUCGAUGGGCCAUGACAAUUCCGCAUCCCUACAAGCUCUCCCCGAACAUGGCUGGCCUGAAUGUUGAGCAGAUGGCCAUCUAUGAGGACUUUGCGCGGCAGCCCCGGGGGGCAGCCCCGACCGGCGCGGCUCAUGCUUCAUCAGCCUCCGACGCGACUAGAAAUAUCGCAAACGAGGUCCUCCAAGACCAGUACAGCUCGGUACCCAACCUCACAACGGCUUCGGAGGCGCCAGCUCUACCCCAUCUUAAUACGCAACUACCCUACUCUCACGUACAUACCGGCAGCGGAAUGACCAACGGCCGGCCUUCGGCUCAUCCCAACCAGGUGGAUGGGAGGGUUCUGAUAGAGAGAGUGCAGAAGCUCUUGACUGAGCUCGAGCGUGCUGCUACCUCGACAGCUGAGGAGCACUUCAGUGACCUGCCCAGAUCACAUGCUGUUCUAGAAGUUGUUGACGCCUUCACCCAACUCAUCAUCAACAUAUCACAGAACUCGGAUGAGUUUGCCUUUUACGCCGCCGAGAAGAUUUGCCAGCUGCUCUUCAGCGGAGCAGACAACACUCUCUUCCUAGAAAGCCUCGUCCACAUUCUUGAACAGCUGCUGAAAAUUGCGGCCAGUUCCGGUACUGCCCUACACGACCGUGUUCAGGUCAGCUUCUAUCAGCAAGCACCGCAAAAUAUUCUCAACAUAUCUUUGAUUACCGCCCUGCUCCACACGGACUUCUUGGAUCUACACAAUAUCGACCGCAUGAUGGCGAAAAUGCUAGCGCAGAAAGUCGAGGGUUAUCUAGAAUUUUUCGAAAAGCUGUUGGACCUGACGCUUUUCAACGACCGCCCUAUCGCCCUCUUCGCAGACUUCGUGCGCAGCCUCGAGGCUGCAUGGGAUUGGAUCAACGAAGAUCCUAACCUCGAGGUAGCACAGCGGCUUAAAGCAAAGCUGGCCGGCUCCGGCCUGCCCAGACCUCCUGUACCAAAUUUACCGGACGGCGCCGAACGAUCGGAGCAAUUCGAUUAUAUCUUCGAGGAAUGGGUUAGGCUGCACAAUAAUCUCAACACGUCAGACAAGGCCCGAGUGGCUUUUGUGAGACAAGUGCAAGGCAAGAACACCCUCACAAACAAAGACGACUUCAUUACCUUGGUACGAAGAGCCAUCGACACGUCGGUUGCCCACUACGAGCAAGUUAUGCAAGGCGGGUCUACUACCGAGACUUUCACUGCCGUCGACUCCCUGGCAGCGUUUGUCGCGAUAUACGCCAAGGAGAGCGCCGCCAGCCACGAAGAUCCCAAGGCGGUCUUCCUCUCCAUCCUAGACACUGUCUUGUCACUUGUCGCAGUCGUCCUGAACCACCAUCACGUCACGCGCGGGGAAAAUUUUAACCAACGAGUCUUCUACCGCCUCUUUUCGAUGCUCGUUCACAAGACCGAUGCGGUAUUGGCCGAAGUAGAGGGCCUUGACGCGUGCCGGCCGGCAUUCUCGUUGCGACUUGCCGACAUCUACCUACAGCUCAGCCCGGAGCGCUUCCCUGGCUUUGCCUUCUGCUGGGUCUCCUUAAUCGGGCAGCGACGCUUCGCGCCCAACCUGCUACUCCUCGAGUCCAAACGUGGCUGGCUUCCUUAUACCAAGCUCCUAAAGUCUCUCCUAAGACAUGUUUCGGAGCACAUGAAGGCUAUCGACGUUACUGACGUCGUCAAGGAGUAUUACCGCGCAGUUACAAAGCUCUUCAUCGUCCUCGCGCAUGACUUCUACGACUACACGUCAGCCAAUGCCGUCGAGUUCUGCUUGCUCAUCCCACCGCACUGCAACCAGCUGAGAAACGCCAUUCUCAACUGCAGCCCACGGGCAGACGCUGGGGAGUCAAUCCCACAGGAUCCCCCGGUGGAUCCAUCUCCGGCAUUGUCAUAUCUAGCCGAUGCGGGCAUGCUAGAGAUUCUUGAGCAGCUCAUGCAGGCUCCCCCCUCAGAGGACGCCAUUGCUCACCUUACGCAUGCCAUUAAUAAGAGCACCGCGAGCGAUUCCACAUACGGAAACGUGCGGCUCGGCAUAGAUCACAGGCUGGUAGAUAGUAUUGUGACAUUCGUCGGCAACCACGCCGUUUCGAAGGCUCGCCAAGAGCGGACCGUCUUCAUCCCCGGCGCUCCAGAUGUCGCAACAUUGUCACUACUAGUGCACGAGCUACAGCCUCAGGCCCGCUACUUCCUCAUAACUAGUAUUGUCGACCGCCUGCGAUUUUAUGGCCCCCUGACAGAAUACUUCAGCCUCAUCAUUCUCGACAUCUUUGGCCAAGACAUGAGCGACCCCGAGGAGGCUGAUAUCCGGCAGCAGAUCGUUCGGGUCCUACUAGAGCGAGUGGUAGGAUUCUGGCCGCAGCCGUGGGGACUCAUGGCGGUUAUCAUGGAACUGGUCAAGAAUGAGAAGUAUAUGUUCUUCGAUCAACCCUUUAUCAAAGCAGAUCGCGAAAUUGCGGACCAGUUUCUGGCGAUCGCACGACAACAUCAGUGAUUACAUAACUACUAGCCACUUUUCUCUACGAUAGGCGAAGGUGUCGUCGGCCGACAAACCUUCACUCUCGACGCGAUAUUACGCAGACCAUUACCAUGACGGCGACUCUGUGUUAAGCGAGAACCCGUAAAUCGGAAUUACCUGAAUUUUAGAAGCGCAUGAAGAGUAAAGGGGACGGGAUAAAGGGGUUCUUGACGAAACGAUACCAUGACAGGUCAACGAGGAAAAAAAAUGGUAGAUGACUG